AUGAAUGAUGCAACAGCUGCGCUAGCAGGUCAUACGAAAAAAUAUAACAUACCAUUGAGUCACUUCGAAUAUAAAUAUAUACAGGAUUGUACAAAUGGAAAAGAACUCGAAAAGAUCUACAAAGAAUUAACUAGUGGAGAAGUAGGCUCAUUUCCAGAUCUAGAAAAAUUAACAUUGGAACGAAUUCAACAAGUAAAGCCGAAAAGCCAAAUCCUUCGAAAAGAUGAAGCCCCACUCGAUAGAUCAGCUUUGCCAGAUGAUGAGCGUCGAGAUUUCGACGAUUUCCUCAAUCAAAUGAAAGAAGUAAACAAGAAACCGUCGAUUUUGGCAACGACAGAGCAUCAACAUAAUAGUCUGAACUCGGCUCCUAUUCGUAAUAAAUCCAUAAUCUCGAAACCGAUGACUCCAGUGCAAGCAGCAUCUGUGAUAAACAAAAAUGGUAAACCAAAACGAAUAGUGCCGCGAAGUUACGAGGAGUGGGGAAAAUUGGAUCAGAAACUUUCCAAAGAAAUGGAUGGUGACAAUGACGUUGACGAUGAAGAUGAUCAUGAUACGAGAAAACCAACAACUGAAUCUCAUCCUGUGAAUUCAAAGCAGACAAAAGCUGAUCGACUUCGUACAGCUGAACAACAUCGUCUUGAUGGAAAUAUUGCUUUUAAAUCAAAUAAAUACCAACAAGCAAUUGACCAUUACACAAAGAGUAUUACUCAUGAUGAUGCAAACUCAGUCGUAUACAUGAAUCGAGCAAUUGCACACUUUAAAGUAGAUAAUUAUGAUGCGUCAUUAUCAGAUUGUUCCAAAGUAUUGGCGAAUGAUCCAAGUCAUGUAAAAGCUUUGUUUCGUCGAGCAUCCUGUUUUCUUGCUAAACAACAAUAUGAUGAUGCUAAAUGUGACCUUGAUAAUCUCCUCAAUGUCGAUCCAGACAAUAGCGAAGCAAAAAAUCUUUUGAAAACAAUUCCAACGAUUCAAAAACCAAGAGGUGUUCGAAUACCUAUCACUGAAGAUGAUGAUGAUGAAGAUGAAGAGGUGUCUACUUCUACUACGAUGACGACGGCUAUCGUCCAACCGCCAGCUUCGACACCAGUUAAAAUCCCAAUAUUAGAAGUAGACGAGGAAGAAGACGAAGAAAUGACAGUCGAAUCCUCACAACAACCUUCUAUCAACCAGUCUGUUUCGUCCAUGAAUAUUGACAUUCCUCGAAAAACGAACCCACACGCCCAACCUUGUAUAGAUUCUCAAGAAGCUUCUCCAGCAAUGUUCGAUCAUCAUUUUCAACAUCGUGAUGACAUUCAUCAAUUCCAAGACAGUGUUCAUUCUCAACUAUCAUCUUUCCAUCCGGAAGGCGACGGUGACAACGACGAUGACGAUGAUAUGGAACUUGGUGACGAAGCUGGUGCUAAUGCUCUCGAAAACAUGAGUGAUGACGACAGACACGAUGGCCAUAGUUUGAAUGUCUCACCCACCAUGGAAGAUGAUGAUAUACCUGAAUUAAUAGGCCAAGAAUCAAUAGAAAUUCAAUCAUCAGCAUUAUCAUCCAGACAAAGACGAAAUAGUAACACAAUCGAUCGAAACAUUCCUUUUUCAACGAACGAUACUUUCCAUCGAGACGAGUUUUCAGCGAUAGCAAACGAUGAUCAUGCCUCAACAUUAUCCAACAAGAACCAUUCAACAUACAGACGAACCUCGGAAAAUCGAUCAUCAUCAACACUAACUUCUCAAAAUGAUCAAAUAUCGAAUUCAAACUUUUCUCCGAUAGUACAAAGCUGGUUACGUGACUCACAAUCCAACCACCGUUCGUCGUCUUUAUCGGAUAAACCAUGGUCAAAACUAUCUCGACCCUAUGAACUCGACAGACUGCAACGUGAAAUCGAGCGAUUCAAUCGUCUCAAUGAUAAUAGAAAUGCUCUUGAAGCAGCAAAAAAGAUGUUGAAAAAUGGAUUACUCGAUUACCAUCGUCAUGCCGAACACAUUAUUAGUACCUUAAUGGUUUGCGCUCAAUGCAAUGCAAAACUUGGCAAACAUUCAAUAGCUAUUCAGUAUGCAACUGAAGCGUUACAAUACAAUAAAAUGGAUGCCAAUGUUUUGAUAUGUCGAGGAAGGGCAUUUGAAGCAGAAAAUCUGUUCCUGUUCAGCUACGCAGAUUAUAUGCGUAUACCAUCGACCGAUUACAACUAUGCUCUGAUGCAGCGAGCAUCCGAAAAAUUAAUUCCUGACUUGGAAGCAACUGAAGGUAUCAACUGGCGAGAGAAGUUACCCAAAGACAACGAUGAUGCUGGACGUUAUUUAACUUAUAUCAAAACGAAAACGAAUUAUUCCGAUGACAACGAGUAUGGAUGGUAUCGUGAACGUGGCAAUCAACUUUACAUGGAUGCUUGUUUCAUUCUUGCUAUCCAAUGGUAUACACAUUGUAUCGGUCUGAAUUCGAAUGUUGCAUUUUUGUAUUCGAAUCGAGCUGCCUGUUAUUUAAAAAUAUUCGAGCCAUACAAGGCGAUUGAUGAUUGUGAUAAAGCACUGAAAAUCGAUCCGAACAAUGUUCGUGCUCUGUACCGAAAAGCGAGUGCAUAUAAAAUGACUCAUAACGAUGCAUUGCACGAAUCGACAUUGAAAGAUUUGUUAAAAAUAGAACCAAACAAUCAAACUAUUCUUAACGAAUAUUAUGCAUCUCGACGUGAACCAAUACCUCGAGAAAUGAGACGACUUCGAACAAAUCCAGCUAAAGCCAGUGAGAAUAAUUCUAUAUCCGAAGCACCAACACCAAGUUCUCAUACAGAAGUCAAGAAACCAUCAACGAAUACUAUCGAAGGAAUAAAUCUUUCCUAUGAUGAACUCGAACAAAUUCGUACACAAAAACUUCUUCCAUUGUCAACCAACACACCUUAUCAAUUUACACAACAAUUAAAUGCAUUGAAACCUAGUGAUACUAAGAGCCAAUGUUCACUCGUUCUUCGCAUACCACCGAAAGGCCUAUACAAAUUAGCAAGUGCUGCAUCCGCAAAAUUAGUCGAAUUCAUUGCGAAUGCCUGUCGAACAAUGGUAUUCGCAGAGAAGCGUUAUCAGCACGAGAACAAAUCUUUGAUACUACCAUUUUCGUAUGCGUCAUUUUGUUACAAUCUUCUUAGUGAAUUAGUAACACUUCAACGUAUCGAGUCAGCCGUAGCAAUGGUCGAUGACCAUUGUCGACUAGCACUUGAUGAUUUACUUACAUAUUAUUCUUCGAUGCCAUCAUUAUUUCCUGAUAUUAAGAAAUUGGAUCGACUACGAAAAUGA